CAGGUAGGGGCGGGCAGGAGCGCGGGCGGCGUGCGGGCCCUCGGGUCGGGGCUUCCGAUCCGAACCCCGAGGGGAAAUCGCCGCGCGCGGUGCGUGGGUCCGUGCACGGCCCUAAGGAGUUACCAGCCACCAACUAACAUUCCAGAAGACUCAGUAUGGCCAACGGGAGCUGGGCCACAGAUCGAGAACAGCUCCUGAGGAGGGUGCAGGACCUGGAGGAGGAGGUGAAGCGGCUGCAGGAGAAGCUGUCAGAGGGCAAGGAGGGUGCUGCAGUGAAGGACACCCCCUCGGCCUCCAGGAAACCCAAGAAGCGGCAGCAGCGGCCAUUUGAUUUCAGUGCCCACGGCCGCAGACACGUGGCGCUGAGGAUCGCCUACCUCGGCUGGGGGUACCAAGGCUUUGCCAGCCAGGAGAACACCAGCAACACAAUCGAAGAGAAGCUGUUUGAAGCCUUGAAGAAGACGCGGCUGGUAGAUGAUAGACAGACCUCCAACUAUCACCGAUGCGGGCGGACAGACAAAGGAGUCAGUGCCUUUGGACAGGUGAUUUCCCUAGAUCUCCGCUCUAACCUGUCAGAGGAAAAGCAACUAAAUGGUUGCAAGGGUGACUCAGAGGGAAAAAGCAGUAAAUUUGAGGAAGAGCUCCGUUACACCCACAUUCUGAACAGGGUGCUCCCACCUGACAUCCGUGUGCUGGCCUGGGCCCCUGUGGAGCCAGACUUCAGUGCCCGGUUCAGCUGUCUCAAGAGGACCUACCGCUACUUCUUUCCCUGUGCGGACCUGGACGUGACCCUCAUGCACACUGCCGCCCAACGGUAUGUGGGGACGCACGACUUCCGGAACCUCUGCAAAAUGGACGUGGCCAAUGGUGUCAUCAACUUCCAGAGAACAAUUCUCAGUGCCCAGGUGACGUGGGCAGAUGGGGGAGCUGAAGUUGGCCUGCGGGACCCUUUCCGACUGUGCCAGUUCGAGGUGACGGGACAGGCAUUCCUCUACCACCAAGUGCGCUGCAUGAUGGCCAUCCUCUUCCUGAUCGGACAGAGGAUGGAGAGCCCAGAGAUCAUUGAUGAGCUGCUGGAUGUGGAGAAGAACCCUCGAAAACCACAGUACAGUAUGGCUGUGGAGUUCCCCCUGGUCCUGUACGACUGUGAGUUUGAGAACAUCCAGUGGCAUUAUGACCGGGAAGUGCAGGAGUUCAACGUUACCCACCUGCAGCAGCUCUGGGCCAGCCACGCUGUCAAGACUCAAGUGCUGCACAACAUGUUACGAGGCCUGGAUGCUGCUCCCAUGGCUGCAGGGAAAGACCCAGGGAAUGUCACCACUGUCCUCUGGGGAGACCUGAAGCCUCCGGUGCACAACCAGGCCAGCAGCUUUGUGGAAGGUGUCCGUGCCCGGGCCUACAAGCCCCUGCUGGAGCGGCCCAGGUGCGAGGGGCUGGAGUCCCGCAUCCAGCACUGCCUGCGCAGGGGCCGCGGCCAGGCCGAGCGGGCCGCCAAGCGCCUCUGCACCGGGGAGGGGCCGGGGGAAGCCUCCUGA